UUCGCUAGUUCCUGUUCGUUAUGGAAGCAGGACGGUUGUCAAACUCAAGUAUUCCAUGGCCUUUUUUAAACCUUAAAUAAAGGCCUUAUCUAAGAGGAUGAUAGGAUGUCAUCCAGUGAACAGCUCCGGUUUCUUCAGUUUUGUGGACCGCAAACAUGGCUCUUGGUUUAGAUGAUUAUGGAAGUGUUGAGCUCGACAUAAUGUAGACACUCCCUCUACAGUUUGUAACAUAUGUGAUACAGAUCAUACAGUUUUUAUUAAGUACUUUUGAAUGAGCUUUUUAUUGCCUUUGUCUGUAAGGUAAUUUAAACAUAUCAUAAAAUUCCAUAAUGGCUGCUGUAAGAUGUACUUGUACUCCAUUGGUAUGUACAAGAUGCCCUUUGGAGUACAAGAACCUGAAACUAUUAAAGCAGCAUCUUGAAGAGAAGCAUAAUGCUGAUAGAAAACAGAUCUCUCUCAUUUCAAGAAAACACUUAGAGCUUAAGAGAAGGUGUAGGAAAUGUAAACCACAGAUGUUUGGAAUUUCUCAAAGGAGGUUUUCCAAUGUGUAUGAGUUUGACAAUGAUCAUAGAGGAAAAGAGAUUGAUAUCUGUAAUGAAGGAAGAAGGUGUAAGGAUGAAGGUUUAGUUAUUGAUACAGAUGAUUCAGAUUGUGAUGAUAAUGAUUAUGAUGAAGACAUUGAUGAUGAGUCCAGUAUGGAUGAGGUACCUUUUGAAAUGAAGUGUACUUGUCCAAAGUUAAAGUGUGUCCAUUGUUCAGGCAUAUUUUCUAAGUGUAGAGAUUUAUGGAAUCACAUGGAUGAGUGUGAUCAUAGGCAUGAAUUGUAUUUUAAGACUGUGCGUUUAAAGAAGAAAAAGUUAAAAUCUUUGUGUCCAGUGUGUUCAGAGGAAAAGGGAAGUAUUUUAGAAAGGAGGAACAGUAGGAAACAUGGUAAAGUCGGACCAGGUUCUCAGGAUAGGAGAAAUUUGUUCUCAAACACUGUAGCAAACGAUAUGGAAAACUUACUUUGUGUUCAAAGUAUAGAAAACUGUCAAAGUGUAGAAUUAUCAGCAAUACCAGAUGCUAAGAUUGGAGAAAGGGUAUCUCCCAUGGCAUUUUUAAAAUCUGCAAAUGAAGUAGAUUAUGGUAAUCCAUCAUUGGUAGUCAUCACAAUAUCUGAAGAUGAAGCAGGGUUACCAGUAAGUAGAGUGGGGGAUUAUUCUGAGCUAAGGAAAGACCAUACGAAUGAUGAAUCAUUCCCUAUGUACAUUAGCAUGCGAAGAUGUUUAGAACAGUGCCUCCAGCUUGCUGAUUUUGAAAGCAAUUGUAAAAUUAGGACAGUGAGUAUUUAUGAAGAGAAAAAUAAAGAGAAAUUACAAAAGAAAGCUACUCAGUUCACAUGUUUUGUGUGCUCAAAAAGUUUUGAAGUCUUUUCACAGCUUAAAGACCAUCUAGUAGGUGAACAUUUUUUGACAUUUUGGAGAACUGAGGAAAGUUGUCAGACCUCAAAAUUUGUGGAAAUAUUAUCUGAUGAGCUAAAGAGUGUUGAGUGCAAGUGUUGCGAAUUCAUCUGUCAAGAAUGCAAGGUCAAGUUUUCCAAACGUUUCCUCUUGUUAAAGCACACUUCUGAAAGUCACUGUAGGAUUUUCUCUCCACAGUUGUUGCAGGAUGAUCAGCAGAGAAAGAUUGAUGACUUUUGUAACCAGUGCAUAAUCCUUCAGAAGUUGUGGGUCAUUGAUUAUACAUUGUUUAUCACAGUUUUGAAGCACAUAGAAGAAAUUUCUAGUGAACAGUUUACAGACCUCUUGCAUUGUGACCGACUAAAAGAAUCCUGUGCAAAAACUCAAGAAGUCAGAUCUAAGAAUGUGGUUGGUCAAGAAAGCAAAGAGCUGUGUACAUUAAUGUCUGAAGAAGAAACCAUGAGUGCUAAUGAAGAAUUUGAGAUCCAUUGCUAUUGUGUCUUGCAGCCAAAUUGUAAGGUGCCUCAAUACACUGAGUGUGUAUGUCCCAUGUUGAAGUGUCCAGAAUGUCCACAGACAGUUUGUAACUUUAGUGAACUGAGGAGACACACUAGGUUGAAUAAUCAUAAUAAUUCCAAUGCCAUGAGACUUCUCUGGAAUAAUUAUAAAUAUUUCAAGAAGCACUGCCCUGUUUGCAGAGAUUUUGUAUAUCAUAAUUACAUUAUGUGUCCACACUGCCCACAUCUACAUUUUGAAGAAGAAGACAAAGCAAGUAAUCAUAUGGAUAUAGUCCAUGGAAGAACUGCUGUGGGUGAAGACUUGACCUGUACUUGUACCAAUUUUUUUCUGUGUUUAACAUGCCAAAAAUAUUAUAGAACUCCACAGGGUCUCCAUCAUCACAUGAGAAGGCUUGGCCAUGAAACUCCAGAAAACUUUGAAGCCAUUCCAAAAAUGAUCAAAGAUAAAUUAGCACAGAGAAAAAAGUGUCCUCAUUGCUCGCUCCUUACAUCAUCUGUUGCCUCUGAUACUGAGGAAUGUGAAGACCAGCCUGACUGCACCUGUAAAUGGGCCGUGUGUAAAACGUGUGGGAAUUCUUACAGGAAAGUUAGCUCGUUGUUGUCUCACAUGAAAAAAAUGGGACAUCAAAGUAAUGAUAAAUAUAUACAGUCCGAACGUGAAAAGGUUACCUCUUCAUUUAAAGCGUGCCUAAGGUGCAACAGCAAUGAUGAUAGGUUUUGCAUCUUUUGCAACAAACGGGAGAACUUUGUCUACCAUCACAUAAGGACACACCAUCAGGAUCAACUGAUCAUGCUGCUUAGUGAUGAAAAUAUGAUGACUAUUGAUGAAUAUCAAGUGAACAAUUUAAAAUAUGAAUGCAGUAUUUGUCUUAGAAGAUUCUUACACACGCCAACACUCCGUUGCCAUGUGCGAAAGGUCCAUCCACACCAUUAUUUCACUUUGCAGUGUUUGAGUUUAGAAAAUGACAAUCUCACAGUGAAUGACUUUGCUGUCAGAGAAAAAAUUAGAGUUAUUGGUGCUGUGCCUUCAAAGAAUCCGAUGCCCUGGAAGGAACAGCCUAGUACCAGCAAAAUGUCUAUUCCACAGUUCACAGAUUCUAAUGUUUCAAAACAUGUUAAAUAUCAGAAAUCAGGUAGAAAUAGUCAAAGAAAGAAAAAAAUAUGUCUGUCGGAAAUAUAGAGAUAGUAAAGAAAAAACUAGGAACUGUGAGAUUGAAAAAUCAAUAUGUCUUUCUCAGGAAUGUGUGUAAUGUUUAACUGCAGUAAUUUAUACGCUUUUACAUCGUUUCUGGAUGAAAAUUUAAUAUGAAAUGAAAAAAGUC